AAAAUCCAACUGACAGAAACAGAAAAAAUCCAAACCUACCAAAUAACGGCUUCUUUUUCAGCCACUCGCCACCAACCAAACACAACUACUUACCGCCAAAACAAAACUCAAACCCUUCUGUCCACUUCUAACCCACCCCGCCACCAUAGCCGCCGCCAAAUCUUCCUCACAGCACAAAAAUGUCUGAAAAAAACAAAAACCUACCUCCCCCAAUCGAUCCCAGAACCGGGUUCUGUCCAAAAACCAAAACUUUCCAUAGCCUCAGACCGUCAGCUUCUCUUCCACUCGAAUCCUCACCCAUUUCCGUCACCGAUUUUGCCUUCUCAAUUCUCAAAUCUUCCCCUCCCUCACCGUCCACCGCCUCUCUCGUCGACGGACUCACCCAUCGCACCAUUCUCUACCCUGAGUUCAUAUCCCGCGUCAAGAACUUAACCAAAUAUCUAUAUCACAAUCUUGGCUUAAGAAAAGGCGACUCGGUUUACAUUUUAUCGCCCAACUCGGUUCAUAUUCCGAUUCUGUGCUUCUCUUUAUUCUCUCUAGGUGUUGUAAUUUCUCCGGGUAAUCCAGCGAGUUCGGACUCGGAUGUUUCGCGUCAGGUUCGUCUAUGUAACCCUGUUAUUGCAUUUGUUACCAAGAAAACUGCUCAUAAAAUCAGUAAUAUCAGAACGAUUCUCGUCGACUCAGACUCUGACUCUGACUCUGACUCACCUUCGUUUGAAUCGAUUUCCACGGGUAAAUUUGACAGUGGUGGAUUAGAAUUAGAUGGGAUUGAUAGUACUGUUUGCCAGUCUGAUCCGGCGGCGAUUCUUUACUCUUCAGGGACUACAGGAAGAGAAAAAGGAGUGAUCUUGACUCACCGGAACUUUACAUAUGUGGCGGCGGCAGGGCUAGCUGUUCGUCCUGCUCGGAAGAGUUCUCCGGUUUGUUUUUGUGCUGUGCCGUAUUUUCAUGUGUAUGGUUUGUCUUAUUUUAUAAGGUCAUUGGCAAUGGGAGAGACUGUGGUGUCAAUGGGGAGAUUUGAUUUUGAGGUGAUGAUGAAAUGUAUUGAGGAUUUUAGGGUUACUCAUAUGGCGGUUGCUCCGCCUAUUGUGGUGGCUAUGGUUAAAAAAGAUGCUGAAUUUGUUGAUGGGUAUGAUUUGAGGUCUCUUGAAGUUGUGGGUUGUGGUGGUGCUCCGGUUAGGAGAAGUGUUGUUCAACUUUUCAGGGAAAGGUUCCCACAUGUGAUUCUUGGUCAGGCUUAUGGAUUGACUGAAUCAACAGCAAGAGUGUUUGGUACAGUAGGCCCUGAAGAAGGCCAAUUUAUGGGGGCAACAGGAAAGCUUAUGUCUAACUGUGAGGCGAAGAUUGUUGAUCCUCAGACUGGUAUUUUACUUCCGCCUGGCUCCCCUGGUGAAAUUUGGCUCCGAGGUCCAUCUAUCAUGAAGGGUUAUGUUGAUGAUGAAAAAGCAACUGCUGCAACUUUAGAUUCUGGAGGAUGGUUGAGAACUGGAGACCUUUGUUAUAUCGAUAACGAAGGAUUUCUAUUCUUUGUUGAUCGUAUAAAGGAAUUAAUCAAAUACAAAGGCUACCAGGUAGCACCAGCAGAACUUGAACAUCUGCUGCACUAUCAUCCAGAUAUUGCGGAAGCAGCUGUAAUUCCGUAUCCUGAUGAGGAAGCUGGUCAGGCACCCUUGGCCUUUGUCGUACGACAGAGUGGAAGCACCAUUGAUGAAUCAAAAAUCAAGGAUUUUAUAGCCAAACAGGUUGCACCAUACAAAAGAAUACGAAGAGUUAUGUUCAUUGAUUCAUUGCCUAAGAAUGCAGCUGGUAAGGUGCUCAGAAAAGACUUGAUAAAAUUUGCAGUAUCAGGUGCUACUUCUAAAUUAUAGAUUCAAGACUUGAGCAUGAAAUGUUUCUUUGAUUGAUGUUACAUUUUUGUAUUUCUACAAGACUGAUACAAUAUACCCCCACAAAUGCUACAAUUCAAAAAUCUUAUGACCA